CUCUUUCCCAUCUCAGGAACUCAGCCAUGACCAGGAAGAUCUUCACAAAUACCAGGGAGCGGUGGAGGCAGCAAAAUGUCAACAGUGCCUUUGCUAAGCUGAGGAAGCUCAUUCCCACUCACCCUCCAGACAAAAAGCUGAGCAAAAAUGAAACACUUCGCCUGGCAAUGAGGUAUAUCAACUUCUUGGUCAAGGUCUUGGGGGAGCAAAGCCUACAGCAAGCAGGAGUGGCUGCUCAGGGAAACCUUCUGGGGCUCUUCCCCCAAGGACCCCACCUGCCCGGCCUGGAGAACAGGAGUCUCCUUGAUGAUUACUGUGUUUCUUCACCUAACCCAGACCACCACCUUCCAUAGUAUGGCUUCAGCUGUC